AUGAGGGCCAAGCCUCUGAACACUGUGAAGGCCAAUCCUUGGAAUAAUGCGAGGGCCAAGCCUCUGAACACCGCACGGGGCAAGCCUCUGAGUGCUGCGAGGGCCAAGCCUCUGAACAUUGCGAGGGCUGAGCCUCUGAACACUGCGAGCAGCAAGUCUCUGGACACCUUGAGGCCCGAGCUUCAGAACACUGCGAGGGCCGAGCCUCUGAACACUGCGAGGGCUGAGCCUCUGAACACUGCGAGGGCUGAGCCUCUGAACACUGCGAGGGCUGAGCCUCUGAACACCAUAAGCAUCGAGCCUCAGAACACUGUGAGCAGUGAGUCUCAGAACACCAUGAGCAAUGAGCUUCAGAACACCAUGAGCAAUGAGCCUCUGAACACUGCAAGGCACAAGCCUCAGAACACCGCGAGGGCUGAGCCUCUGAACACCGCAAGCAGCAAGCCUCAGAACACCGCGAGGACCGAGUCUCUGUUCACCGUAAGCAGUGAGCCUCUGAACACCGGGAGCAGUGAGCCUCAGAACGCCGCGAGCAGUGAGCCUCAGAACGCCGCGAGCAGUGAGCCUCUGAACACCAUGAGCAGCGACCCUCAGAACACCACGAGCAGUGAGCCUCAGAACGCCGCGAGCAGUGAGCCUCUGAACACCGCGAGGGCUGAUCCUCUGAACACCGUGAGCAGUGAGCCUCUGAACACCGCGAGCAGUGAGCCUCUGAACACCGUAAGCAGUGAGCCUCUGAACACCGUGAGCAGCGACCCUCAGAACACCAACACCGCGAGCAGUGAGCCUCUGAACACCGCGAGGGCUGAACCUCUGAACACCACAAACAGUGAGCCUCUGAACACCACGAGCAGUGAGCCACUGAACACCACGAGCAGUGAGCCUCAGAACGCCGUGAGAGCCAAGUCUCUGUUCACCGUGAGCAGCGACCCUCAGAACGCCGCGAGCAGUGAGCCUCUGAACACCGUGAGCAGCGACCCUCAGAACACCACGAGCAGUGAGCCUCUGAACACCGUGAGCAGUGAGCCUCUGAACACCGUGAGCAGUGGGCCUCUGAACACCACGAGCAGUGAGCCUCUGAACACCGUGAGCAGCGACCCUCAGAACACCACGAGCAGUGAGCCUCUGAACACCGUGAGCAGCGAGCCUCAGAACACCACGAGCAGUGAGCCUCUGAACACCAACACCACGAGCAGUGAGCCUCUGAACACCGUGAGCAGUGAGUCUCAGAACACCACGAGCAGUGAGCCUCAGAACACCGCGAGCAGUGAGCCUCUGAACACCGCGAGGGCUGAACCUCUGAACACCACAAACAGUGAGCCUCUGAACACCACGAGCAGUGAGCCACUGAACACCACGAGCAGUGAGCCUCAGAACGCCGUGAGAGCCAAGUCUCUGUUCACCGUGAGCAGCGACCCUCAGAACGCCGCGAGCAGUGAGCCUCUGAACACCGUGAGCAGCGACCCUCAGAACACCACGAGCAGUGAGCCUCUGAACACCGUGAGCAGUGAGCCUCUGAACACCGUGAGCAGUGGGCCUCUGAACACCACGAGCAGUGAGCCUCUGAACACCGUGAGCAGCGACCCUCAGAACACCACGAGCAGUGAGCCUCUGAACACCGUGAGCAGCGAGCCUCAGAACACCACGAGCAGUGAGCCUCUGAACACCAACACCACGAGCAGUGAGCCUCUGAACACCGUGAGCAGUGAGCCUCUGAACACCGUGAGCAGUGGGCCUCUGAACACCGCGAGCAGUGAGCCUCUGAACACCGCGAGGGCUGAACCUCUGAACACCACAAACAGUGAGCCUCUGAACACCACGAGCAGUGAGCCACUGAACACCACGAGCAGUGAGCCUCAGAACGCCGUGAGAGCCAAGUCUCUGUUCACCGUGAGCAGCGACCCUCAGAACACCACGAGCAGUGAGCCUCUGAACACCGUGAGCAGCGACCCUCAGAACACCACGAGCAGUGAGCCUCUGAACACCGUGAGCAGCGAGCCUCAGAACACCACGAGCAGUGAGCCUCUGAACACCAACACCACGAGCAGUGAGCCUCUGAACACCGUGAGCAGUGAGUCUCAGAACACCACGAGCAGUGAGCCUCAGAACACUGUGAGCAGCGACCCUCAGAACACCGUGAGCAGUGGGCCUCUGAACACCGUGAGCAGCGACCCUCAGAACACCGUGAGCAGUGAGCCUCAGAACGCCGCAAGCAGUGAGCCUCUGAACACCGCGAGCAGUGAGCCUCUGAACACCGUGAGCAGUGGGCCUCUGAACACCGUGAGCAGCGACCCUCAGAACACUGUGAGCAGUGAGCCUCUAAACACCACAAGCAGUGAGCCUAAACGCCGUGAGCAGUGA